UUCUCUCACAUUGCUGCUGCUGCAUCUGUUGCUUCUGGCCUCAGCUGCAUCUGCAUGGGCCAUGUAUCCUUACUACAGAUAUUAUGGAGGAUCAUUGACUUUCACCCCAAAAGGAACCAUUUCACACGGGACUUACGAGGUGGAAAUUCGCAACAAGCAAGCCACGUACUUCUGCUACCAGAACGGCUACACUUGUUACUAUGGUAACUGUGGGUCUCAGACACAGAGCACCAGCGCAGAAAUUGCAAAGAAUUCCUUUGGUCUCAACUGGUGCCAGUACGAGGUGGUGACAAAAAGAAAACUCAACAGCAACCGACCCUUUGCGAUUAGAUACCCCACUUACUACAACACUCAAUAUGGUCAAGGAUACUGGAUAGCAAACACCAGAAGCUCACAGGCGGGUUGGCGCAUGAUGGCACAUGUGGACCUGGGAACCCGAUCUGAUACUGGUGAAUCGAACAGAUCUCCCGUCACUACCAUGCUGCCCAUUCUCAGAGUUCCCAGGAACUGUCCACGAAAAUUCAACAUGACGGUGUUUGACCCUGACGGUGACCAGGUCAGAUGCAGAGUACCAACAAGUUCAAACACAUACGAGUGUGGGCUGUGUGGUCUGACCAACGGUUUCUCUUUAGAUCAGAAUUCUUGCUCCCUAACGUACUCCUACACAACUAGAGCUGGAUAUCAUCCAGUUGAGCUGGUGGUCGAGGACUUUCCCAACAAACACAUUACGUUGUACUACUCUGAUGGAUCCUCCACAUCUAAGCGACCCCUUUCAGCAGGACGGGGUAAACGUCAACUCCAUCCAACAACCACAACUGCUCCAACAACCACAACUGCAACAACCACAACUGCUCCAACAACCACAACUGCAACAACCACAACUGCUCCAACAACAACAACUGCUCCAACAACCACAACUGCAACAACCCGAACUGCUCCAACAACCACAACUGCUCCAACAACCACAACUGCUACAACCACAACUGCUACAACUGCAACAACCACAACUGCUACAACAACUGCUCCAACAACCACAACUGUUCCAACCACAACUGCCCCAACAACCACAACUGCUACAACUGCUCCAACCACAACUGCUCCAACAACCACAACUGUUCCAACCACAACUGCCCCAACAACCACAACUGCUACAACAACUGCUCCAACAACCACAACUGCUACAACAACUGCUACGACCACACUAUUCCCAACAACCACAACUGCUAUAACCACAACUUCUCCAACAACCACAACUGCUACAACAACUGCUCCAACAACCACAACUGCUACAACAACUGCUCCAACAACCACAACUGCUACAACAACUGCUCCAACAACCACAACUGCUACAACUGCUCCAAUAACCACAACUUCUCCAACCACAACUGCUACGACCACACUAUUCCCAACAACCACCACAGCUGCUCCAUCAACAACCACGUCUUAUCAUCAAUCAUCGAUUGCUCCUUUAAGCAAACUUCCACUGCAGUUUUCUGUUUUUGUGGACGCCCACCAUGCCCCUUCAUGCCUUGAUGGUGAUUACUUUCCCACUUUCUUGUCACCAACUCCGAGCAAUGGAGUAAAUCUUCCUGCUUUUGUCAACCAGACUCUCCAAAUCAAAGUCAGAUCCUCAGCACAAUACAGCACGAUUCAUGACCUGAUUAUCUCUGGACCAAAGGGCAUUUCAAAGCACAGAAUCUCCACAGAAGAGUAUAUCAUAAAAUGGACACCAACUGAAAAUGAACUGAAUGAUCAUUUUCCUAUUUGCUUUGUUUCUGAAGCAAGAGACAGAUACAACCGAGUCUAUCAAUCAGAGCUACGCUGUGUGAUUGCUGAUGUUGCACAUUAUGAGACCACUGUGACAUGCAAUGAAACAACAAUAACGGUAGAAGUGGAGAAGUCCGAUCUCAUCAGACGCAAUGAGGACAACUUGCAUCUGAAUGACUUAACAGAUCCCGCCUGCAACCUGACAAGACGCUCCAACUCAACCCACCUGGUGGCUGUCGUGUCACUGAACACCUGUGGAACCAGAGUAGAGGAGGAUAACGAUAACAUCAUCUUCAAGAACGAGAUCACCUCUGCUGACCCAACUCAAAUCAUUUCCAGGCAACAUGACGUUGAGAUCGCCUUUUCAUGUGCCUAUCCGAAGCGGACCAACCUGACCCUGGGAUACAAGCACAAAAACCCAUAUGCCUUCUCAGAGAGAGGCUUUGGUGCUUUCACCUUCCAGUUUGAAUUCUUCCAGAGCCAGCGGUUCAGAAAUCAAAUUGAUGCCGGGACCUACCCAGUGGAAGUGUAUCUCAAACAGAUGAUAUUCAUGCAGAUCGAAGCAACCACAUCCAUCCCCAACACAGAGCUGUUUGUGGAGUCCUGCAGGGCAACUCCCUAUGACAACCCAAACUCUCGCAUCAGCUACACCAUCAUCGAAAAUGGGUGUGUGAAGGACAAAACAGUGCAGGUUUACCCUAGCUCCAAAUCUCAGUUCAGAUUUGGAAUGGAGGCUUUUGAAUUCAUUGGUGCUCAUGACGAGGUGUACAUCACCUGUUCGGUCAUCCUGUGUGAGGCUGGCAUGCCUGACACCAGGUGCUCUAUGGGAUGCAUCAGAUCCAACUCUGGGAAAAAUCGUGGCAAAAGAGAAGCUGUGGCUCAGACUAGCAGGCACUCCAUUUCCCAGGGACCUUUGCACCUGGCUAAAACCUCUGACAGUCAAGCAUCUGGCCUGAGCCUGAAUCUGGGCAUGAACCUGGUCCUCAUUGCUGGCUGCCUCCUGGUAUGUGGAGUGGUGGUCUACCGAUCCAGGAGGUCCAAAGCUAAAUACCAACUCCUGCCGACCUCUGACACAGACUGAAGAUGGUAUUGGUAGUUUGAGUCAUUGUCUAGACGAUGAAGAGUUGCUUUUGUGUAUAUUUUCCCAUGUAAGUAUACCAUGGAAAUAUUUUAUAUUUUGGGAAGGAAUGAGUCCUAAAACUCAGAAUUUAGUCCAGUUCCCUUGUCCUGAAGUUUGUGGGUAUUUUAAAUGGCUUUUUGGUCUCAAUCAAUGAAAUGAAAUCUGUGGUGUGAAGAAUAAAACUUUAUUUUCUA